AUGUUUGGUCUUGGCUCAGUUAACCAGGACUGGUCCGAGGCAUUGAAGUGUCUUCGAAGUGCUUCAGAGAGAGGGAGCAUCUAUGCCACUGGAAUGCUCGCUUUGCUCUACUUCUUUCGAAGUUUCUACACCCUCGCCAGCCGAACUGCCUACACACUAGUUGCCAAUACCGAACUUCAAAGGCGUCCAACUUCUAGUGUCCGAACUUCAAGGAUUUCGUUCAGUGGUAAGAACGAUGGCCAUUAUUUGGGUGAACGAACGUUUAUGCUCCGAGCAGUGACAGUGGCCUGCUUCAUCUAUGCACUCUGUCUAGAUCGAGGAUUGGGAGUUCAGAGGGACAGUAAUGCCGCAAGCGCAAUGUAUUCCAAGUGCAUUCAACUCGACCCGGUCACAACGAGCCACCUACAGGACAUGGUCAUUCGAGCAGAACUCUAA